AUGCUGAUUUAUUUUUACUCUCUCUUCUUUCAGGAUCCCUCAGUGACACAGCUCACAAACACUAGCCAAGGUGGCUUGGACGAAUUCAACCCCUUUUCUGAGAGCUCCCAGCUGACAAAUGCAGCACGGACGACGCCAGCCACGCAGCCCUCUGGCCGCUCACAGCCGGCUGUUCUGCAGACAUCCGUGGAGCCCACUCCCCAGGCUGUGGCUGCGGCAGCACAGGCUGGCCUUCUCCAGCAGCAGGCAGAAUUAGAGAGGAAGGCAGCUGAGUUGGAGAAGAAGGAAAGGGAAUUGCAGAGUAACGCAGCCAGCAUUAAUCCAAGGCAAAACAACUGGCCACCUCUUCCCAAGAAGUGUCCGAUCAAGCCAUGUUUUUAUCAGGAUUUUUCUGCAGACAUCCCAGCUGACUACCAGCGGAUAUGUAAGAUGCUGUAUUACUUGUGGAUGCUGCAUUCGAUUACCCUGUUCCUAAACCUGCUUGCUUGCCUGGCAUGGUUCACAGUCCAGAAUGAAAGAGGAGUAGACUUUGGUCUUUCGAUCCUGUGGUUUAUUUUAUUUACUCCUUGUGCCUUUCUCUGUUGGUACCGACCAAUUUACAAGGCUUUCAGGUCUGACAGUUCCUUCAGCUUCUUCGUCUUCUUUUUCAUCUUCUUCUGCCAAAUAGCAAUCUACAUCAUCCAGGCUGUUUGCAUUCCUGGCUGGGGAGACAGCGGAUGGAUCGCGGCGCUGUCUGAGCUGCAUGGGAACCUGGCAGUGGCUGUUAUCAUGAUGGUGGUGGCAGGAUUCUUCACGCUGUGCGCAGUUCUCUCGCUCUUCCUCCUGAAGCAGGUGCAUUCCCUGUAUCGGCGCACAGGAGCCAGUUUCCAAAGGGCCCAGGAAGAGUUUUCCCAAGGCAUCCUCACCAACAGGAGCUUCCAGAAUGCAGCCGCUGGAGCCGCCUCCUCAGCCGCACAGAGUGCUUUCCGGGGAAACUAGCCCUUCCUGGGGCUGCCUCCCCCUCGCUUCCUCUGCCAUCAUCACCCCAACCUUCAUUUUUUUUUUCUAAAGAUGCACUUUUGGGGGGUACCAUGUUAGCUCUGUGGUGCCGACUCCAGAUGAGAAGAGGUCUGGUUUUUUAGCUUCAGCGGGCCUAUGUUUAUAACUGUUAGUUUUCCCUGUCUUGUUUUAGGGCAUGGGG